UGUCCUGCUGCAGCUGUGAAACAGGAAGUGCUCGUUAGUGAUACAGGAAUGAGACUGGACUCUGAAACAGCAUGACGUUGAUGAGAAUGAUAAUGACGAUGAAGGAGAGAGUCAAAUCCUCUCCCGUAGUUUAAAGAAACACAAAUAAAAAAAUCCCGCUUUUAACUCAAAGUGAGGAUGAACCGCUGCGUCCGAGCUGGAAUCCAGGCAUCGGGAAGGGCACUGGCGUGUUGCUAAAUGGAGUCGGAGCAGCUGUACCACAGAGGCUACAGCAGGAACAGCUACAACAGCAUAGCCAGCGCCAGCAGCGACGAGGAGCUGCUGGAUGGAGCCGGCGUCAUCAUGGACUUCCACACCACAGAAGACGACAACCUCCUGGACGGAGACGCUUCCUCCCCAGGAUCAAACUACGCCAUGUCUAACGGGGGCGGGGCUGCCAGCAGCUCCACUCACCUGUUGGACUUCCUAGAAGAGCCCAUCCCAGGGGUGGGCACCUACGACGAUUUCCACACCAUUGACUGGGUGCGUGAAAAGUGCAAGGACCGGGAGAGGCACAGAAAGAUCAACAGUAAGAAAAAAGAGUCAGCAUGGGAGUUUACAAAGAGUCUGUACGACGCCUGGUCUGGUUGGCUGGUGGUGACCCUCACCGGUUUGGCCUCAGGUGCUUUGGCUGGCCUUAUUGACAUUGCUGCUGAUUGGCUGAAUGACCUGAAGGAGGGCGUGUGUCUGAGCGCCAUGUGGUUCAACCACGAGCAGUGCUGCUGGACGUCCAAUGAGACCACCUUCGCUGAGAGGGACAAGUGUCCUCAGUGGAAGAGCUGGGCUGAGCUAAUCCUUGGGCAGGCCGAGGGUCCAGGCUCCUACAUCAUGAACUACUUCAUGUACAUCUACUGGGCUCUGUCCUUCGCCUUCCUGGCCGUCUGCCUGGUGAAGGUGUUUGCUCCUUACGCCUGCGGCUCUGGAAUCCCAGAGAUCAAAACCAUCCUGAGUGGCUUCAUCAUCCGAGGCUACCUGGGGAAAUGGACGCUGAUGAUCAAGACCAUCACCCUGGUGUUGGCUGUAGCCUCGGGCCUCAGUCUGGGGAAAGAGGGCCCUCUGGUCCACGUGGCCUGCUGCUGUGGGAACAUCUUCUCUUACCUCUUUCCUAAAUACAGCAAAAAUGAAGCCAAGAAACGAGAGGUUCUCUCGGCUGCAUCAGCAGCUGGAGUCUCUGUGGCUUUUGGAGCCCCGAUAGGAGGAGUUCUCUUCAGCCUGGAGGAGGUGAGCUACUACUUCCCACUCAAGACGUUGUGGCGCUCCUUCUUCGCCGCCCUUGUGGCAGCUUUUGUCCUGCGCUCCAUAAAUCCCUUUGGGAACAGCCGCUUGGUACUGUUCUACGUGGAGUACCACACGCCGUGGUACCUGUUUGAGCUCAUCCCCUUCAUCCUCCUGGGGGUGUUUGGGGGUCUGUGGGGGGCUUUCUUCAUCCGAGCCAACAUCGCAUGGUGUCGCCGACGCAAGUCCACACGCUUCGGGAAGUACCCGGUGCUGGAGGUGAUCCUGGUGGCUGCCAUCACAGCCGUGGUGGCCUUCCCCAACCCUUACACGCGUCAGAACACCAGCGAGCUGAUAAAAGAGCUGUUCACCGACUGUGGUCCUCUGGAGUCGUCGCAGCUCUGCCAAUAUCGCAGUCAGAUGAACGGCAGCAAGGCCUUCACUGAUAACCCCAACCGCCCUGCAGGGCCCGGCGUCUACUCUGCCAUGUGGCAGCUCUGCCUGGCACUCAUCUUCAAAAUCAUCAUGACUAUAUUUACAUUUGGUCUUAAGGUACCGUCGGGCCUGUUCAUCCCCAGCAUGGCCAUCGGGGCUAUCGCAGGUCGGAUUGUUGGCAUCGCAGUGGAGCAGUUGGCGUAUUACCACCACGACUGGUUCCUGUUUAAGGAGUGGUGUGAGGUGGGAGCCGACUGCAUCACCCCAGGGCUGUACGCCAUGGUGGGGGCAGCGGCCUGUCUGGGCGGUGUGACCAGAAUGACCGUCUCCCUGGUGGUCAUCGUCUUUGAGUUGACCGGCGGUCUGGAGUACAUCGUUCCUCUCAUGGCCGCUGUCAUGACCAGCAAGUGGGUGGGCGACGCCUUCGGCCGAGAGGGCAUCUACGAGGCCCACAUCCGUCUGAACGGGUACCCCUUCCUGGACGCCAAAGAGGAAUUCACUCACACCACGCUGGCCAGGGAGGUGAUGAGGCCCAGACGCAGCGACCCACCGUUGGCCGUGCUGACACAGGACGACCUGACGGUGGAGGAGCUGCAGGGCAUCAUCAACGAAACCAGCUGCAACGGUUUCCCUGUGAUCGUGUCCAAGGAGUCUCAGAGGCUGGUGGGCUUCGCCCUGAGAAGGGACAUCACUAUCGCUUUAGGUAAAAUGAGUCCAGAAGUUUGUCCCAGUGACACAGAACUGGCACACAGACCAGCAGUGGGUCAACAGCUGGUCUACUUCACUCAGCACGCUCCCACCCUGCCCGCCGACAGCCCUCGGCCCCUGAAGCUCCGCUCCAUCCUGGACAUGAGCCCCUUCACGGUCACGGACCACACGCCCAUGGAGAUCGUGGUGGACAUCUUCAGGAAGCUGGGUCUGCGUCAGUGUCUGGUCACUCACAACGGGCGGCUGCUUGGUAUUAUCACAAAAAAAGACAUCCUCCGUCACAUGGCCCAAAUGGCAAACCAGGAUCCCGAGUCCAUUAUGUUCAACUGAUCUGCUCCUUCCAGGAUGGCUGCACAGAGGAGGGAGAUGACAGCAAAGAGAAGGAGGAAGGGGGGGGAGAUGGAGAGGAAGGGGAGGAGGUGUGUCUCCUAGACCACUCCCACCUCUGACACUCAGAUCCUGGAGGUUGUUGUUUUGUUUUACUUAGUUUUGUCCCGAGGCUUGCUGGCUGACUGUGGCCUGCAGUGACUGAAAACGGCCUGUAGAGGGAGUAAAGAUCAUUCAGGCUGCUGAGAACAGAAGGAGAAGACGGGCAAAACACACACACACACUCACACACUCACACUCUUGCAGACACACUCAAACAUGCAUGCAGUCUGUCAACAAACACUCCCUUCGUGUCGGCUCGCCGACGUCUUCUGUCGUUGCUGGAGGCUCAAAGGUCGGCAUGAACCGCUGAUCUGGGACGCGAUGAGGGACCUUACAACCUCCGAGCUUCACAGUCCUCUCACACACUCGCGCACAUACACACAGACACACACACUUGCCCUACCUGCGUUGUAUAUGUGUGAACCUCGUGAGUGUGUGUUCUUAGCGCUACUACAUUCCAGUUAGGAGGACGUUAGGCUGAAGACAGAAGGCUUUACUUGUGUGUGUGUGUGUGUGUGUGUGUGUGUGUGUGUGCGUGUAAGUUCACAUCUGUUUUUCUUCAAAAUAUGAGAGAAGAUUUUCUGUGAGUGUGUGUUGAUGUCUGAGCCAACGUCAACUCUUUAGAGUGUGUGUCGUCAAUGAAUCUUUAAAAACCUAAUGAAAUCAAAGGUCCUCUGCACUGACGUCCUCACCUGACUGGUCCUCAGCCACGUCUUCCACCUAAACCUGGUGUUUUGUUUGUUUCUGAUCAAAACUAAAUCUGAAACUCUUCACUCUCUGACGUCAGUUUUGUCGAAACACGGAGAACUCUCGGCCUUUUCACUAAAAUCAUGCCCAUUUUUCCCUUUUAUAUACCACAAAUAGUGAUGAAAUGUUCCAUCACGUAAUAAACAGUUUUUCACUCAAAAUCAAUAUGAAUAAAAUAUAUAAUUUCCUGCUUUGGUGUCAACACAUCCAAAAAUUGAACAACAACAAAAAAAAAAAAAAAAACCACAAAA